AUAGAAGAAGAGGACGAAGGCAGCAUGGCGACUCAGUAAAGUGUACAUGCUCGUUUGUUGACAAAUAUAAACUGUCAUAUUCCUGGCCACUUUAGAGAGUAACAGCCGCUAAAAUGUCUCGACUCAUCGUUAAAAAUCUUCCGAACGGGAUGAAGGAGGACAGGUUCCGAGCCAUCUUUGCGGACUUCGGUACCGUGACAGAUUGCUCCCUGAAAUUCACCAUGGAAGGGAAAUUUCGCAAGUUCGGCUUCGUGGGUUUCAAAACGGAGGAGGAUGCGAAUAAAGCGCUGAAGCAUUUUCACAUGAGUUACGUGGACACCUCCAGAGUGACGGUUGAGAUGUGCAAAGCCUUUGGGGAUCCCAGCAAAACAAGGGCAUGGAGCAAACACACACAGAAAUCUAUCCCUGUGAAGCCUUCAGCCCCGACCGACAUUGAGAGCAAAAAGAAAAAGGAAAGGGUCAGUGCCCUGGGAGAUCUGGAGAAGGAUGAGGGGUUCAAGGAGUUCCUCUCAGUGCAUCAGAAUCGCAGUCAGGCGCAAACCUGGGCAAACGAUACCAUUCAACAGCCUGACACUGCAAAGUCUAAGGGCAAGAAGAAGGUGGUGGAAGAUGAUUACCUCAACUUUGAUUCUGACCAGUCAGAAAAUGAGGAUGAGGAUGAAGAACAGGAGGAGUUUGAUGGUGUUACAAAGGAAGCACUGAAAUCCAGCCUCUCAGAUAUGGACUACCUGCGUUCAAAGGUGGUAAAAUCAAAAGACAAUGAAAGUGACGGUGGCAAUGAUGAUGAUGAGGAGGAGGAGGAGGAGGAGGAGGAUGACGACAACGACGACGACACAAACGAUAAACCUCAGCAGCAGACAGACAGUGCCUAUGAGAGUGGAGACAAGGACCACAAAACAAAAGCAAAAACUAAAGCUUUGGUUACUGGUAAUAAGGAGAGCAGCAAAGGGAAGAAGAGCUCUACACAGGAGAUGGAGCCAGUCACUGACUACACAGUGAAGUUAAGAGGAGUCCCCUUCACUGUAAAAGAGCGACAAAUCAGAGAAUUCAUGACGCCGCUGAAGCCUGCCGCCAUCAGAAUUGGAAUAAAUGAAUCUGGCAAAAGGACAGGUUAUGUUUAUGUGGACCUGCACUCUGAGGAAGAAGUGCAAAAAGCCUUGAAGAAGAACAAAGAUUACAUCGGUGGCAGGUACAUAGAGGUCUUCCCUGCGGGUUCUUCAGGAUGGAACAGAUGUGAAAAAAUGGAGAAAGCAACUGACAGAGACUUCACCAGGAAGUUAAAGGAUGAUGAAGAGGAGGAAGAUGUGUCCGAGUCUGGGAGACUUUUCGUCAGAAACCUCCCCUAUACUUGCACAGAGGAGGAGAUUAAUGAGUUGUUCUCCAAACAUGGUCCUUUAUCUGAGGUACUCUUUCCUAUUGACAACCUAACCAAGAGACCCAAAGGUUUUGCUUUUGUCACGUACAUGAUUCCAGAGAACGCUGUGACGGCUCUGGCUCAGCUGGAUGGACAUAUAUUCCAGGGUCGGAUGCUUCACCUUCUUCCUUCCACUAUAAAGAAGGAAAGCACUGAAUCUUUGGAGGCAGGUGGUCCUGGUUCUUCAUCGUAUAAACGACAAAAAGAUGCCAAAAAUAAAGCCUCCAGUAGCAGUUCACACAACUGGAACGCCUUGUUCCUUGGAACAAGUGCUGUCGCGGAUGCAAUUGCUGAAAAAUACAACACCACAAAGAGUCAAGUCUUAGACCAUGAGUCUGCGGGAAGUGUUGCCGUCCGAAUGGCACUGGGAGAAACCCAGAUUGUCCAGGAGACCCGGCAGUUCUUGAUAGACAACGGUGUGUGUCUGGAUUCCUUCAGUCAGGCUGCUGCAGGACGAAGCACAUCUGUGAUGUUGGUGAAGAAUCUCCCAGCUGGCGUCACCACAUCAGAGCUUGAGAAUCUCUUCUCGCCUCACGGCUCUUUGGGACGAGUACUACUUCCUCCUUCCGGACUGACUGCCCUAGUUGAGUUCCUGGAGCCAACUGAAGCAAAGAAAGCCUUCACAAGACUGGCCUACAGCAAGUUCCAUCAUGUCCCGCUGUAUUUGGAGUGGGCACCAAUUGGAGUGUUCGUGGCUCCUGUACCACAGCCGGGUGAGACUCUACAGGCUGAGAAUAUUUUCAAAGGUUUUUAUAUUUCAACAUCAAUGAUUUUAACACCCACAGUCAAACAAGAGGCAAAGGAGGAGAAGAAAGAGGAAACGGAUGAUGGUGAGGAAGAAGAGGAAGAAGAGGAUGCUCCUGGUUCAACCCUCUUUAUCAAGAAUCUGAAUUUCAGUACGACCGAGGAGAAACUACAAGAGAUGUUUUCUAAAUGCGGCAAAGUCAAGUCAUGUACAAUCUCCAAGAAAAAAGAUAAGACUGGUCAGUUUUUGUCCAUGGGCUACGGCUUUCUUCAGUAUCAGACAGCAGAGGCGGCACAGAAGGCUCUUCGCCAGCUACAGCACUGCACUCUGGAUGAUCACCAGUUAGAAGUGAAGAUUUCAGAAAGAGCCACUAAAGUUACUGACGUGUCGCACAAAAAGAAGAAGAAGCAGCAGGAGAAGAAACAGACCGGAUCCAAGAUUCUGGUCCGCAACAUUCCCUUCCAGGCCAAUGUCAAGGAAAUCAGAGAACUCUUCUGUACAUUUGGGGAACUGAAAACUGUUCGUCUUCCAAAAAAGGCUGCUGGCUCAGGGAAUCAUAGAGGUUUUGGUUUCAUUGACUUCAUUACCAAACAAGAUGCUAAGAAAGCGUUUAACGCCCUCUGCCACAGCACGCAUCUGUACGGGCGUCGCCUGGUGCUUGAGUGGGCGGAUGCUGAGGAGACAGUAGACACAUUAAGAAGGAAAACAGCAGAGCAUUUUCAUGUGCCUUCUAAAAAGCAACGUAAAUCCGAAGUGAUGGAGGGAAUCCUGGAGACGAUGGAAACUGAUGACGUGGAUGAUUGAAAUGUUACAUUCAGUUAUAGCUAUUUUGAAAACUUUAAUUAACACAAAUUAGAAAAAAGAUUUUUUUUUAUUAAACUCCAGCCCACAGAGGCUGAACCAGGUUGAACCCUUUUGUAUUUAAAUCAAACUCAAACUGUAUUUUAGUG